AUGGCUUUCAGCAUCGGCCACGCUCAAGCACAGGAUCAAGCGCCCAUCCAUCGCACCACAGUCGUCGUCGUGGACGAGAUUCCAGCCAUUGCUCCCAUUACAGUCUACUCCACGCAACACAUCACCAUCUGGGGCUGCCCUGACUGGGAGACCAACUGCCCGGUCCGCAACGGACGCACGCAGGCCGUCAUCACCGCUACUGUAGGGGCAACAACCACGAUCUGUCCGCUCACCUAUUCCCAAGCCCGUCUUAGCUCCUUCAAUAUCGACCAGCCAAAUACGGGUGGUGCCCUCUCCACCACUACAACCACCUGGCCAACGGCGUACUCACUCCCUACUUCCUUCCCAGCACUUUCGUCUUACCCUAACAUUGAUUGGUCCUCCAUCUUCCCGUCGGGAGCUCCGGCUUUCAGCAAAGGAGCGGUCACAGGCAGCUUCGCUCCAGGAGAGUACACCCCUUUGCCUCCAGACUACUCGCCUUCCUUGUCACCUGAGCAAGCUUCGAUUUUGGGACUCCCAGCCCGCGGGAACGCUAGUAUGAUCACAGCAUCUGAUGCACGGCCCACUGAAACAGUCAGCAUCACGACUGGAACCUUCGCCGCGAUCAUGCCCAGCAAUGUGACAGCAUACAUCACUACCUUAAAUGCCUACACGGAGACGACCAAUCUCUCGAGCAGUAGUCCUCCGGAAACGCGAAACGGCUCCUAUCUUGCCUAUCCAGCGCUGAGUACAGCCUCGAACACAGGUCGGAUAGCGUCUCCGAUUGAGCAACAGACCGUGAACGUUAGCCCUGUUGUUCCUGUUAACUUGUUCGGCUUGCUUGUCGCCAUCACAGCGAUCGCUUUUGCUAUAUAA